AUGGAGUUUCUCAGUAUAUUUCUCUCGAUCGGCCUUACGUCCGCAUUUCUGCAGGUCUUUGUGGAGAAACUUGCAAACUACUGUAUUAAGAAGAUAGGCAAGACUCGCAAGUUGCACGACAAUCUCCAAAAGCUGGCAAGAACACUGUUGAAAAUUCAAUCUCUGAUAGAUGAUGUAGAAAACAAGCACUCCAUCUCCAAUGCUUGCCGGAUUUUAAUCGAAGAAUUCCGGAGUGUUGUCCUUGAUGCAGAUGAUUUGCUGGAUGAGAUUGCUGCUGAGGAGACAAAGUCCUCCAAAUCGAUCGAGAGCAAGGUAGCUGAUAUGCUUAAGAGAGUGCAGGAGUUGGCUGCAGAAGUGGAGGUUUAUUUCAUCUCAGAAAUAUCAAAGCGGAGACCUCGUCAAGCUCUGGCUAUUCCUCAUGGUAGUUCUCUGGUCGAUGAGUCCUUUGUAGUUGGAAGGAAAGAUGAAAAGGAGAAGCUCAUCAACUGGUUGGUUGCUGACAAUACAAAACCAAACUCUCACCAAGAUGUUUCUGUGAGUUCAAUAGUUGGUAUGGGUGGCACGGGGAAAACAACACUUGCUCAACUCGUCUACAAUGAUUCAACUGUGGCUGAGAAAUUUCCUUUGAGAAUGUGGGUAUGUGUUUCUCUAGACUAUGAUUUGGUUAAAAUCACUAAAUCAAUCCUUGAGUCCGCCAACAAGAAAGUUUCCGAGUUGUCAGAUCUUGAUUCUAUUCAGAUUCAACUAGAAAAGGUCAUCAACACCAAGUUUUUACUUGUAUUAGAUGACAUGUGGAAUGAGAACCCGGUUGACUGGGAUGCCUUGAAGUUGUUGUUUAGAUUUGCAGGGUCUGGGAGCAAAGUUGUGGUAACUACUCGAAGUAAAAUUGUUUCAUCCAUUGUUACCACUACUCCUAGUAAUAUUCAUAUUUUGAAUGCUAUGCCUACUGAAGAUUGUGAGGGAAUUAUUAAGAAAAUCUUGAGACCGAGUAUUGCUGAACCAGGUAAUUUAACAGAGAUGGCGGCCAAGUGCAAAGGUCUUCCUUUGGCGGCCAAAGUCGUUGGAAAUGCUCUGCGUUUCAAGUCACAAGAGGAGUGGGAUGCCCUGCUAAAAUUUGAUUUUUGGAACUUGGCUGAAGAUAAGAACUAUAUCUAUCCAGUACUUAAGCUUAGCUAUGAUCAUUUGCCAGCUUAUUUGAAAAGAUGUUUCGCUUAUUGUUCAAUUUUCCCUCUUGGUCAUCAAUUUCAAGUGGAUGAUUUAAUCCAAUUGUGGGCAGCAGAAGGCUUCAUCCAAGCCCAAGGGACAAGAAGAAUUGAAGACAUCGGAAGGGACUACUUCCACGAAUUGUUUGCGAGCUCCUUUUUUGAAAUUUCAGAAAAUGGUAGUGGUGAACGAGUGUAUAAAAUGCAUGACUUUAUUCACUACUUGGCGAGAUUAGUUUCUACAAACUUAUGCUUUCGUUCGGAGGAGAAUAUAUUGUGGCCCAUAUCUAGAACUGUUCGGCAUUGGUCUUUGCCUCAUCAAAAUGUUCGAAAAGAGACGUGGGAAGAAUUCCAAAGGUAUGACAAACUGAGGACAUUUAUCUUGCUUUCUGAAACCCCAUCUAAUCUUGUCGAAGUCCCUGUAAAAUUUUUUGAAAAGAUGCGUUGCCUAAGGGUUCUGAAUUUGAGCAAUAGUGGCAUAUCUAGCUUGUCUGAUGAUUUUGCAAAAUUGAUACACCUUCGUUACCUCAAUCUCAGUGGUAACGCUUUCAAAAAGUUGCCAGAGUCUAUAGCAAAUAUACAUGGGUUAGAUACACUUAAGCUGAAUGAUUGUCCUCAACUUCUUGAAUUGCCGGAGAACUUAAUGAAGUUGAUUAAGCUGCGACAUUUUUCCUUUGAGAGAUGUCCCAAAAUCACUUCCAUGCCAAAAGAUGUGGGGAGAUUAACUAGUCUACAAACAGUAGAUGUCUUUAUAGCGGGAAGAACCACAGGAUAUCGAAUUGAGGAGCUUAAGAACAUGAAAUUUCUUGGUGCUGUUGGCAUUAAAAAACUUGAGAAUGUGGAAAAUCGCCGAUCUGCUAUGGCUGCUGAGUUGGAGAACAAGCAAUAUCUAAACAAGUUAGAGUUGUUGUGGACAGAGGGAGAUCGAGGUGCAAACAUUGAAAGAGAAGUUCUUGGUGGUCUUAAACCUCAUGAUGGGUUGAAAAAGUUGAAAGUAAAAGGUUACUGUGGUAAAGAAUUCCCAGAAUGGAUAGGUGGUCCAGCACCAUCAGUUUGCAAGCUCGUUAGUCUUUGCAUUCAUUCUUGUUCAAAACUGGACACUCUACCUUCAUUUGAUCGCCUAACUUUGCUCAAAGUGCUAGAGAUUGGCAAUUGCCCCGAUCUUCGAUCAUUGCCGGCAGAACUACCUAGAUCACUUGAAAGUUUGAAAAUUUGGGGCAGUAAGGCUUUAGAGGACAGCUGCAAAAGGAGUAGUGGUGCAGAUUGGAACCGGAUCGAAUGGAUCCCCACCAUAGAGAUUGAGGGUCAGAAAAUUCAGACUCCUUAG